AUGGAAAGAGACAUAUUUGAAGAAACUGUCGAGGAAAAGAUUUUUGGCGAUUUUAGCUUUGAUAAUUAUCCGUUUGUUAAUAAAAACAAAUACGAUGUAGUUGAUAUACGACAGUUGACUUGUAAAUUCUUGCACAAAAUAAUAGGUAAAGAAAAACUUGAUCCAGAUAAAUUUGACAAAAUUAUGAUCAAAAUGUCAAAAAUAUUUGAAGUACAUAUUAUUAACACAAUUAGCAGUAACGAGAAUAUAAACAAUGAUGACGACAUGGAUAGAUUAGAGGAUCAGAUAAUUGAACAUUUAUCAUUAGACAUAUCCAAAUUAGCAAAAUUAUUUGCCGCAUUCUCUACUGAAAUUAUUAAUUCCUACGAAUAUGGAAUGAUUGACUUAAGGCCAUAUAAAUUAUCUGGCAUCAAUACUUCAGUAUUAAAUGCUGGAAUAUUUUCUAGAGCUGGUAACCAAGUUAAGUUAUCUCAAAUAAUAAGUCAUUUAAGAUUUCUAAAUGAUACCAACUUUUUUGAAGAAUAUAAUAAAAGGAUUGAUAAUAAGAUAACAUCGUUAGAUGUAAAUAUGUCAUUUGCUCAAUUGCUUUACCAAAAUAUGGGUGGUAUUGAUACGAUUCAACAGCAUGCAUCCCAUCGGUUUGAUCCUGCCAUUUUACCAAGUUUAACAGAAAUGCAUAGAAAUACUAUUAAGUUCAUUCCUUCAGAGGAUUCCAGACUCGUAUUUGAGUUUGAUAAGAAAAAAAAAACAGUGACAAUCACGAAGCUUUACAUACAUCCACAUUGGAUUGAAACUUUGUGGAAUAUUGUAAUGCUUGAAAUGAGAUCAAAAUGCGAACCGAUAGUUGGUACUGUAACUUGCUUUUAUACGGGUGCAAUCAAAAGCAAAGAAGAUUUCUAUCUUGCAUAUCAGCUUGGCAUGAUUUAUAGUGGGCCAAUGAAUUUUGCACGAUUUCACGAUAUUAUGUGCAAAAUUUCUGAAGUAAGUCACUAUAAUUCAACUCUUGAAGGCACUAUGACUGUUAAAA